AUGCUUUUUCAAGUGUAUACUGCCUGCCGACCGGCAGAGCUCGUGGACGGAACGAAACGUCGAGGGACUGGGGAUCCGCUGCUAGAUGAAGACGAUGAAAACGAUACGGACGAUGCAGACAAUGAUCACAAUUCGAUGACCAAAGCAAACAACACGCCCAGCUCGAAAAGACAAAAAACAGAUGAGCGGAGAAAGGUGCCUGUAGUGCACCGCUUUCUAUCUGGAGACGGCGAAGAAAUGGAUUCCAGCUCCGGCUCUAAGUUCCACGAUGCUGUCUUCGACAGCAGCGAGCCGUACGACACUGACACCACUAUCGAAAGCGAUGGUAGUGAUGAUGAACCUCUUCCCAAAGAUAGCCGCAAGUUGAAGGUUGAUACAUCGACCCUUCAGCGAGAAACUGUUGUUGCUGAAUCGGAAGAGGAGCAAACGCGCAGACAUAAAGCUAUAUGCUAUGAAGACAUCGUUCUCUGGAUUGUGAAAGAUGCAAAACAUGGCGGCAGGGACAUGUUAGCUAUGGAAGUCUUCUUGCGGCAUCACAAAGGCGCCGAUAGGAAGCCGAAGCCAACAAUUUUCUUAUUUCGAGAAAACCCACUUCCAAUUCUCUGCCCCAUCAGCCAUAUCUUGGCUCGUGCUAUGCGAGACGAAGCCAUCGAGGUGGACGGAUACAGUCAGGCAAGACCCUUCUUUUCUACUCAAAUAGGCAAGAAAGCAACCAAAGUGCAAUGGAAGAGCUCAGUCUUAAACAUGCCACUCUUCAGGAAAUCCAGACGGAUCGCCUCUGGCGGUUGGGUCAAGUCAUUCACAGAGCCGAUGAAGUAUUCCACAUAUGCAUUUUAUCUCAACCGCAUAGGCUGGGAUCUGGGCUCAGACGACAAGUGGACUACCUACUGCCUCCGCCGCGGAAAUGCGAACGCCCUUCUUGGCAUGGCCCCAGACGCCGUCGUAGACCAAGUCAUGAGACACGAUCCUAUGACGGGCUGCUUGGCAAACGCGUACUUGAACCAGCGAGUCGGUUUCAAUACGCAGGAUGCGUAUUUGGAGAGGGACCCAACCGCAGAUGACUUGACAAAGGCCUUUACUCACAUGAGUAUACGUUGCAACCCAGAGGUCCCAAGAGAAAUUCCAGCUGCCGAGCUUAACAAGCUCCCACCUGACCCCGAUGCUGUCGAGCUGGCUAAGGAAACUAAGCUUGAAUCCAUUCGAUUACGACAGCUGUAUGGCUUCAUUAAGUUGGCACCUAAGAAGGAGCGAGAGAGUUACAAGGAGCUACAGGACGAGCGGCGCAAUGUUGAAAAGAUUUUCAAAGACCAUAUGACAAAGGUAUACCAGGAAGCUUAUCGCCGAAGAAUGCACAAUGAAGAGUUGGAGAAGCAGCCUCGACGAGAACGCAGCAAAGACGCAGACGAACUAACAGUCGAACACCACCUCGAGGAAAGGAGAAAGCUUCAAGCAAUCAUUUGCGACUUUAGGACUGAACUCUCGGCUCAAGAGCUCGCUGACCGUAAGGUGCAGGCAAUUGAUACGAUGGCACUUCUCGCUUCUCGUCGCGAGGUUCGUCCCCCCGCGCCCACUCCUAUUAAAGGCAGCCGUGCAUCUAGACCCGAUGAAGAACCACGAUCAGGGCCAGUCACAGAUAUCCCGUUGAUGUUGAGGGACAGGCAAUGUAUUUAUUGCGUUAGCAACGAUCAACUUCCAAUCAAAGACCGGAUGCGUUCUUUCAAACGUGUCUCUCAUAUGAUGGAUCAUGUUGAGAACCUUCAUCUACGCUAUGAAACCAUUGGCCCCAGGUUCCUCUGCCGUCAUCCAAAAUGCAAGCAUUUGGGUGAUUUUUUAACGAGUCUGGACCAUUUCAAAAAUCAUAUGCAAACAGUACAUGGCGUAAAGCUUAGGAAGUAG